AUGGAGGCACAGAUAACUCAACCAUGUUAUAUCCCACUGUCUCAAAGAUACGCGCAUGUUUGGAAGGAUACCGAAAGAAAGUUCAAUGCCAAGCAAAUCGAAAAGGCAUCCCCCAAGCCUCCCUUUAUUUCCGAGUGCGAGUAUCAAGUCGAAAGCAGUAACAUUGGCGACCUGUUACAUCCACCACCAUCUCCGGCAUUAUCAUUUGAGCAGCUCUUUGAAGGUUUUGGUCACGGGACCACAAAUGACAAAUUGGGCGUUUCGCCAACCAACUUCACCCGUUUUGAACAGCUUCCCGCUGAACUUAGACUAGAGAUCUGGCGCAUGGCAUGUGGACAGGGCCGAAAUAUCAAGUAUGAAAUGCGCCCAUUCGGCACACAAGGUGAAUGUGUAUGCAAUUCCGUAUCGAAUACACCUGAGCCCGGUGUCCUCUCGGCAUGCAAAGAAUCGCGAGAGGAGGCUUUGAAGCAUUACAGUCUCUGCCUCGGAACGAAGGCUGAUAGGACCACGCUUCGCUUGGAGGCUCAACGGAGGAUAUGGUUCAAUUCCAAGGUCGAUACUAUGUGUGUAGGCUUGGAUUUCAGUCUCUACUGUAUUGGCGCACGUAGUGGUGAUUUCUUCACGACGUGCGCCACAAUGAGUAUGAGCUCCCUUGCAUUCAAUAUCUACCAGCGUUACUCUUGGGGUGAACCCGUUUGGGAAGUCGAUUGGAAUGACAUUUUCCGCGCCAUUGAUGCUUACGGGGCUCGAAGCUCUGAAUUACAGGAGAUCAUUUUGUACUAUGAUAUGGAUAUUGAACCGGAAUAUCAGUGGGCAGGGUCGGAAUUUGUGGAGCUGGACUGGAGCGCAAUGGAUCCAUAUUGCGAAAAGAUGAAUCACUUGCAAACGGUGCAGAGAGAAUUGUUGAGAGAUUCUCCUGGGUUGGAGCCAGAUUGGCGGGCUGUGACACGCGAGAGAAUGCUGGAAAUUUGGGGGAAUAUUCAGUCGAAGGUCAUAUUGAUGGAUGUAAAGGUCAACAACGAUAGGCAACCUCGUCAGAUGGAUUGA